AUGUCAUCAACUGAUGCUUCUAACCCAGAAGUUAUUAAACAGCUAAAGGAAUUAUUUGACCUUGUUGAUAAAGAUCAUAGUGGAAGCAUUGAUUUUGAUGAAAUGGGUUACUUUUUAAAUGAACUCGGAAUAAGGAAUCCAUCAUUCUUCUCGGUACUCAUUUGGUACGUAUCAGAUAAAGAUGGAGAUGGUAUUUUAACUUUUGAAGAGUUCAAACUCCUUGUUUUAAACUUACCAAAGAUAUCAAAACUACCCGAAUUUGUCGCAACGUUAGCAUUCCUCAAGCUUGAUAAGGAUCAUUCAAAUUCAAUAGAUAUUGACGAACUUAGAUCGAUGUUCAAAGACCUUGGAAACUGCAUCUCUGAUAAACAAAUUGUCAAAAUAUUCAAUCACUUUGAUAAAGAUAAAAGUGGUACACUCGAAUUAAAGGAAUUCAAGAGAUUCAUUAAAAGAAUUGCCAAACCAUUUAAGAAGACUUUCAAUGAAUCCGCUUUAGAAUAA